AUGACGAAGAUUGUAGAGGUCCUCACGGCUUUGACGGACGUCGUGUCUGGCAAGACUACUUCCAAGCCGACCGGACCGCUUGCACCUCAAUACAUCGCCUUCGUCUACAUACCAUCUGUGAUACUUAUUGCCGGCACUGCGGCCGUCAAGGCUUCAUGGACACCAUUGGCUGUUGUCGUCGCUGCGGCGUUGGGAGGCAUCCGCACAACGCCCUUCACAUCCGCUGACAUUGAAACCACAGAGGAAAAGAAAGCCCUCGACCCAACCAAAUUCCAACAUUUCCCCUUGACUGAAAAGACCGUCAUCUCCCACAAUACAGCAAUUUACCGUUUCAGCCUGCCCUCUCAAAACAGCAUCCUCGGCCUCCCCAUCGGCCAACACAUCUCCCUCGCCGCGAACCUCGAUGUCAAAGACCCCAAGACGGAGAAGGUGGAGAACAAGGAGGUGGUACGCUCGUACACGCCCAUCAGCUCAGAUUGGGAACCAGGCCACUUCGAUCUCCUCAUCAAAUCCUACCCUACUGGCAACAUCAGUAGACAUCUCGCGACGCUCAAGAUUGGCGAUACCAUGAAAGUCAAGGGUCCCAAGGGUGCGAUGGUAUACACGCCAAACAUGGUCAGACGAUUCGGUAUGAUUGCUGGCGGGACUGGUAUCACACCCAUGUUGCAGGUCGUGAAGGCGAUACUGCGAGGAAGGAGCAAGGGUGACAAGACGGAAGUCGAUCUCAUCUUUGCCAAUGUUGACGAGAAGGACAUCUUGCUCAGGGAUGAUCUGAGGGCGUUGGAGGACGAGGAUAACAAGUUCCGUGUUAAUUAUGUGCUCAACAACCCGCCUGAGAAGUGGGGUGGAGGUGUUGGGUUUGUGACUGCGGACAUGAUUAAGGAGCACUUCCCUGCGCCGGCAAACGAUAUCAAGAUCCUCAUCUGUGGUCCGCCACCUAUGGUCAGUGCUAUGAAGAAGGCCACUGAGUCGCUCGGGUACGACAAGGCUCGGCCUGUCAGCAAGCUCGACGACAUGGUAUUCUGCUUCUAG